AAAGAUCUGCUUGAACACCUGAGCUGGUUGCGCUCGUUGCGCGAUGGGUGCAAAGAGCUGGUGGUUUUCUUCAAACGGAACCACAAGUUGUGGUUCUUGCUUCGCCGUAAGGUGAAGGAGAAGAAACUCCGUGCUCUUGUUCUUACUGGCGAUACGAGAUGGGGAUCGGCGCUGGCUUGUCUAGCUAGUGUCCUUGCGGCUGAAUCCAUUUUAUUCACCAUUGUGUCGGGGUGA